CUCAUCCAAGGGUCAUCUGUAUUUCAAUAUGCCUACCGAGCUCCGAUCCUAUAGCGACAGCGAGCCUAUUCAUGAAAACAGCACAAAACCAAAAUAGCAAUCAGCAUAUCCGAGCCCCAAUCAACAUAUUUCCAGCGCCGAGGUAUCUGGCAAAAAGGCAGCCAUCCAGAUACUGGAAGGAACCAAAAAGAGCCAACGAUGAAAAACGAGUGAGACAAAACCCAACCAAGUGCACUCAUGCUCAAUGGCAUGUAAAAAAGCGAUGGACCCUGAUCUAGCGAGGGGGGUAUAUAGGCAUAUAAAUCAAUGGGAUAUCAUGAGUGAAAACAAAUGGGGUCAUCAAUACCAAUCCAUAGGGUGGAAGAGAAAGGAAAGCGUUGCACUCUAUCCGAGACAUGAAAAGGAAGAAAAAAGGCCGCCAGUGUGUAAGAUGGUGUCUGGAAUUGAUCCAGUGCCGCCUGUUUUUGCCAUAUAUACCUCCUUAAAAUAUGAGAAAAAGAAAAAAAGGGGGAGGAAGAAACAGUAUCUCGACGGCGGGUAUCAGACGUGCUGCAAUCUUAUAUCACUGCUCAAAAUCGGGUAUAAGAAAGAAAAAUAAGGGGAUAGGCGAAAGAAAAGGCAAA